AUGGCGCAGAAAGCAGCAAAAGCCACGGCCCGAAGAAAUGAAUCCUCUUUAAACAACCUCCACCUCAUCUCUCUCGCCUUCAACCUCUUCUUCAUCCUCUACCGUUUCGUCUAUCACUAUUCAUCCAUCACAAAAGCCUCAAUAUACUGUUACAUCAUCUUUAACGCCCCAGCCCUCGGUAUCCAGCUUUACCUCGAAAGUAUAGGCCGUCCGAAAGAUGCUCGUAAAGCCGGUGACGACCUUGGCUCCAGUGGGAUGAUGGAGAUGAUGUGGGAUGUGAUUUAUGUCACUUGGGCUUGUUUGACACUUGUCGCUGUGUUUGGAGAAUCGCUUUGGUGGCUGUGGGCUGUUAUCCCGGUGUACGGGGCUUACGCAGCAUAUACGGCAGCGACGGGUAUGAGAGAUACGCUUGGUGGAUUGGGAGGAGCUGCGAAUGAUAUAGCUGCACCUGGAGCGGGUGGUAGUAAGAGACAGGCGAAGAUGGAGAAACGAACUUCUGAGGGCAAGAACGUUCGGUAUAGAUAG